CAUUUCGCACAUGACAGAAGCACUCGAUCUCUGAGUUGCCACAAGCCGCCCACCUUAAUUAGUUCAGUGAGCCUUGAAGAAUCGAUGUUUGUUGCACAGGCGACGGCAAAUCAUUGUGCCGUUCUUUUCGUCAAAGGCGCCUCGAUGUCAACUGAACCACGUGUCAAUCAUUCCAUGGUGGGAGUGAUGGAGCAGCAGAUACACUGGCUCAACGUUUCCUUGACAAGAUCACCUCCGAAAAUGGUCAUGCGCGACGGUGCUACUGGCGUCGACAGAUUUUCGGCGCCACCAUCGGCAACGUUGCCUUGCGACAAUGCUAUAAAAGAAGAAGCAUCACGGGUCUUCGCCUGUGGGCACGGCGCGGGCAUCGUGAACAUGCGUCUGAACCACCCGUUUCUGUUUCUUGUGCAGGAGGAGGACGACGGCACGGACGUCAACAUGGACGUGGACGUCGACAUGGAAGUCGACGUCGACAUGGACGUCCAUGUUGACGUCGUGCCUUCAGCCGCCUAUAGUGACUGUACUGUGCCUUCAGCCGUCAUAGUGACUGUACUGUGCCUUCAGCCGCCUAUAGUGACCGUACGACCCUCUCAGAGGUUCAGGCUUAUCUGAUUGCGCGUAAACGGGACAGCGUGCAACGGCGCACUCACGAUUUCUUCAAGCCUACUGCCGAGCCCGAAGAAGUGCGUGGAAAUAAAGGAUUUCAUCUUUUUUCUUAA